AUGCCCGCCGCCGCGCGAACGCCGCGGCCCGCAGCACCCCCGCCGUCGUCGCCCGCUGCGACGGUGAAGAACAGGAAGCGCAAGGCGGCAACCGUCGAGCCGCCGAAGGAGGAUACGGAGAGGAAGGAGAGCAAGCGCCCGCGGAGGGCGACGACGCCCACACCCGCCGCGCCGGCUGAGUCCGCGCCCGAGCCCGUUGUGGCGCAAGAGCAGCAGCAGCCCGCUAAUGCGGGUCCAAAGCCCCGUCGCGAGCGCGCGCCACGUCGCCCGCCGCCGCCGCCCACGCGCAGGUCCAAUCGCCAGCGUGGGCGCGCGCCAUCGCCGACGCCCACCAUGCGCCUAGCACUCGCCGCGCUGGAGGUCGAGGCGCAGGACAUCGUGAUGUACGAGGAGGAGGAGAACGAGGCUGGGCCGAGCGGGAGUAGUCAUGAUGGUGAUGAGGACGGGGAUGUCACGAUGGUCGAGGCGGAGAAUGAGAACGAGGAGGCGGGGUGUAUUCCGCCGGAGCCGAUCGAAGACCUGACGGUGUGUCCGCCGGAGGAAGCCUUGCCGUGUCCUGCCGCCCUACAUGAGAAGAAGAGUGACAGCGGCAAGUAUGAAGAGAAUGCUGCCUCCGACAAGGGCGCUGACAGCGCCGACUUCGAGUUCGUGAACGAGUCCGCGGACACGAUGAACGCAGACGAGACGACGGAGGACUCGGACGAUGACGACGAUGCAGACAGCGAUUGCUCGAUGAUCGAGCAACAGAUCUACCUCCCCGACGACGAAGAUGCGGAGGGCGAGGACGACAUCGACUCGGUCAUCAUCCAGUCAUGGCCCGUCCCGCCCCAGCAACAACAGCAGCAGCAACUCACUACCAUUUUCAUCCCGCCCUGCCCUACCAACGCCCUCCCCACACCACCAGCCACACCCACACCCCGCCGCCCCAUUUACCCGCCCCCGCCCGGCCUCCGUCUCAAGCCGCACCUCCAUCCCUGCGGCCGCGCGCUCGCCGACUUCACCAACGACCCGCAGCUCGACCGUGGCACCCCGCGUGUCAUUCCCAAGCAGCGGCUGCCCGCGCCGCGCCCCAUCACUCCGCAGGCCCACGAGACGUGGCGCUGGCUUGCGUGCAGCGCGCCCGUGCCGCCCUCGGUCGGGCCCGUGGACGCGAGCGAUACGGAGCCGCCGGCGCCGUGGGUGGCAUGGGGCGCGGGCGGGUCGGUGUGUGCGCAGGAGGGAUAUAUGGCGGGCGAGCAGGUGGUCGGGGUGGAGUAUGCCCAUGGGCAGGAAGGGUAUAUGGACGGGUACUUUGCGCAGCCGCAGGAAUAUGCGCAGCCUCAGGAGGGAUACUCGCAGCCUCAGCAGGGACAGUACGCACCAUCACAGGAGCAGUACGCGCAACAGGGACAGGAGAAUUAUGCGCCGCAGGAGGGCUACGCUGCGACCGACAACGCGGGCUUUGCAUUCCAGCCGCAGCAAGGGUAUGAAGAGACCACUUACGGGUACGAGGCGGCGACCUAUGGUUCGGAUGCGACGGCAAACUACAGCUACGGCACCGAGGGCGCAUAUACCCAGGGCUCGACGUCUUACACCCCUGCGCCCGAGGUGUCCGCGUCGUACACGACUUCGGAGGCCUCCUACACCUCACAGGAGCAGUUCACCGCCCCGUCGCCAGAGCAGUACACGUCGCCAUCUCCGGAAGCGUCUACGUCGUAUACGACUCCCGAAGCCUCCAUGUCGUACGCUGCGCCCGAGAUGUACUCGUCUCCGACCAACUUCGACGCAUAUAGCCCGCCGCCGACGUUCGCUGGUACGGGGGAGCAGCCGUACGACCCCUCGGCAUACAACUACCAGCUCUUCGACAUGCCGGCGCCGACCUCAUCUGACCCCGCGUACACGACCCCCAUCGACCCUGCCCUCACCGCCCCGACGCCCAUGCCUGCAUACACAUCCUCUGCACCUGAUUCCCUUCCGACGCUGCUCCCUGCGCCGGCGCAGCCGCUCCCCGGACGCCUCGCCGGCUGGACCUAUCGCCCGAGACCUCGCGGUGGCGCCCCGGGCACGGAAGGCCUGAUGAGGGUCAUGGCGAGGGACUUGAGGGUGCCGAGCGCGUCUGCGGAUGGCUGCGUGUCGUUGAGCGCCCCGGUAGACGGAUGCAUCUCGCCCAGCGCGACGACGAUCGCGCCGACGACGCCGCCGCCGAGCGUCCACGUCCCCCAGUGCAUCUCGGGCUGGCUGAGGCGGCUCGCGUAUGAUGGUGGACGGCCGAGGCGGCUGGUGGCGUCGCCUGCAAGGCAUGCGUACCCGCCGCUGUGCGCGAGCAAGUUGGCUUAUGUGGUCGUUGGGGCUGAUGAGUGA